AUGGCCCGCUUUCUGGUUUACGACCACCUCAGCCAGGCUCCGUACAAUGUCAUCUUGGUACAGGAGACCCGGCUGGAAACCCUCGCGGCCCUGCACGCUGCAAAGCGGGACUGAAGAUGGGGGCCCUCCUACUUCUCUCUAGCCACAGAGAGAUAUGGGGGAAUCGCCAUCCUAUUUAAGGAAGUUGAUGUUUACAUCAACAGGGUUAUUGAGUUGCAGAAAGGACGUUGUGUGGUUAUAGAGGUGUCACUGGGCAGGCAACCUCUCAGAAUCAUUAACAUCUAUGGACCCCAAACCAAGUGGGAGAGGGAGCGCCUGUUUAGUGAGAUAGAGCCUUACCUUUAUACAUCCCAGCAAGUCCUGUUUGGCGGUGAUUUCAACACCAUUACUAGGCCUCAAGACAGGAGAGGCGCCAUUCAGAGGCUGGGGUAUGACUCCAUUUUUUUAAACAAUAUGGUUAGUCAGGCUGGAUUGGUCGAUGUGUACCUUCACCACACUCCCAAUCCCACGGGUGGGUACACGUAUCACCGAGGUACUUGUCAGAGUAGGAUAGACAGGUUUUUCUUUAAGGAGAAUUUCCCGGUGACGGCACCCAUGCUUACGCCGGUGGAGUUCUCCGACCAUCACAUUUUAUCUUGCGAGUUGAACGUCCAUAGUACCCCACCUAAAGGUAGAGGGAUCUGGCGGCUAAAUUCAGACCUCCUGGUGGAACAGAGGGUUCAGCAAGCCUUCAUGGAAUUCUUUCACGACCAGAUGACAUUGGCCAAUUUAGGCCAAACGAAGUCUGAGUGGUGGGAGAUGGUGAAGGCCAGAACUCGAGGGCUGUUUCGCAGUCUUGCCCGAAACAUGCAGUCCUCUAGGUACAAGAUGUAUCUGAGCUUGCUUGGGAGGUUGGAGGUCUUGAUCUUGCAGGGAGGUGACCCAGAGGACACUGCAGCGGUCAAGGCCCUGAUGAGGAGUUAUCAGUAUGACAGGUACGCCUCCCUUGUAAAGGAGAGGGAUCAUGGGUCUUACCAUUCACCCAAUCCUUAUCUUAGCUGCAAGCGGAAGGAAGGUACCAAAACUAUCUCUGGUCUGCGGGGCACUGACGGGUUCCUUGAGGAGUCUCCUCACGGGAUUCUGAAGGUGGUCCACAAUUACUAUAUGGAGCUCAUCGGUAAGGACAGACCCCAAUGUACCGAGGGGGUGGGUGGGGGGGGAACGUCCCAUGGGAGUUAGGUGGAUGACUUCUUAAGCGAGCUCACCCUCCCUGAGCAUAGCGACCUCUUUUGACGAGUUGAUUAGCGAGAUCACCAUAGAAGAGGUCACAGAGAGUAUCCAUCAGCAGAACAAGUGUAAGUCGCCAGGUCCUGAUGGGCUGACGGCUGAGUUUUACCAACAGUUCUGCGAUCUCUUGGCCCCUCAUUUAACUGAGGUGUUUAAUGAGAGCUUGGCGCGAGAAUUAUUGCCACCCUCGAUCUUGCUGACCAAGCCGAACGUGCUCGACACAGCGGAUGUGGGGAACUGGCGUCCCAUAUCCCUGUUAAAUGUCGACAGGAAGGUCCUGGCAAAAAUUAUGAUGAAACGGGUACAAGGCCUAGCGAGGCGUGUCCUAUCCACCUCCCAGUACUGUACAAUCGGGGGACGAACUGUCUUCGAUGCCGUUUUUGAGGUCAGGGAAGCUCUCGAGAAGUGCAGGGCCGGAGGAAGGGGGGAUAUACCUUCUGGCACUUGAUCAGUCCAAAGCUUUUGAUCGGGUCGAUCACCGUUAUCUGUGGUCAGUCUUGCGGAAGUAUGGCUUGCCGGGUAAAUUCAUCAAUUGGGUCAUCACCUUGUACAGAGGGGCCAAAAGCUUCGCUCUUGUGAACGGGUGAAGGGGCGGGACGUUUAGGAUCCGAUCUGGGGUCCGGGAAGGCUGUCCCCUCAGCCCGCUCCUGUACGUGUUUGCAGUCGAUCCCUUCAUCCGAAGGGUCGAGACGAGCACGUUGCAGGAGUGGCCAGGGCUCCGGAGAGACCUUUAAGGGUAGUCUUCUCCGACACAGGGGAGGCCACGGAGGUGGAUGAUUUAAUCCUAGCAUAUUCUGCCGCUUCAACCUCUUGUAUCAACAGGGACAAGAGCGGAGUUUUCUGGGGCGGGAAGAAGGGGGAUCAGUUCCCUCUUCCAGACAGUUUCCCGCGGGCCCAGUCUGAAAUUAAAAUCUUGGGGGUGAUGUUCGGACCAGGGGAUCUGGCUCUCAGGAACUGGUCCGAACGGCUUGCCAUAGCUUCCAGCAAGGUGGAGGAGAGCCACAGCUGGAAACUGACGUACAGAGAACGGGUGAAACUGAUCAAAACCUAUGUUCUGACCGUAUUCGUCUAA